AUGGCUGAAACUGCAGGGCAGUUCGACGUAAAGGUCGCCCAGGGCGAUCUAAUAGUUCGGGAAGAUUUGGUGCCAGGCAUCAAAAAAGAAUUGGAUGUGCUAGUUAAACCUGAACCACACGAAUGCGUAGUGUGUGUGGUCCGCAGCCCUGAUACGUUCGAUAUUUAUGCGACAAACACCAACUCCACGGGCAUUUCGUUGCAUAGCUUCCUGUCGAAAUUCACUAGUUCUAAUCUAGCAGAAGCACACCAUUCUAAGUAUAUAUGUAAAAAUUGUCAUGAUCUCGUUAAUCUUUUGGAACAGGCCGAGAUAGAAUACAUGAAACUGAAGGAAACCUUUGAAUCUAUAUUAAGUAAGAAUCCUCUUUUUGAAUCUCUCAACGUCCAACCAAUUAGGCUUGAUUCAGUGAAGAAUGAAAUCCAUGUGGGUAAUAAUAAUGAUCUUAAUAAAUAUAUUGAAUUUGAAAUGGACUCUGAAGAUGAACCUCUAUCUGUUGCUAAAAAAAAGAGACAUCGUAAGCCUAAGAAAAAAGCUUCAACUACGGGGAAACGUAAACCUAAGGCAAAAGUUGAAGACAGUUGGGACUGCGAUGAAUGUGGUUUGGUGGGUCAGUCAGGGGGCAAACGUGCAGCCACCGCACACAAGAAUGAAGUUCAUAACACAAGCCAAGACGAAGCUAAUAACACACUUAUUGAUGUUAAAAAAGAGGAUACAAGUGAUGGAUCACAAAUUUUCAACAAUGGCUUUGACACAUCACCGAAAAUGGAAUUUGGUGAUUUCCCCGAUGAUGAUGAUGACAGUUCUAAUUAUAUACCUGACGACGAACAACCUAAACCGAAGAAAAAUAGAGUAGGUAGACCAUUAAAAUCUAAAAACAGUACAGUACAAAAGAAAACAAAGAGAGAAAGAGUCAUACACAAGUGUGAUCAAUGUGAUGCCAAGUACUCCUCAUUGACCCGCUUAGAGCAGCACAAGUUGAAGCACGACGGGUCCAAGCCGCCGUACAUCUGCGAGGUGUGCGGCGCGCACUACAAGCACAAGCGAGCCUGCGAUAUACACAUCGCGCUACACAAAGGUAUCAGUGAUUGGAAAUGCGAAGAAUGCAAUAAACUUUUUCCUUCCAAAGGUGCUCUUGCGCGGCACAAUAACAUUCACACCGGCAAAUUGAAUUAUCAGUGCGAUUUGUGCGGCAAGUCGUUUAUCCACACGUCGUCGUUCAAGAUGCACAAGCUGUCCCACUCGGGCGUGAAGCCGCACGCGUGCGACGUGUGCGGGCUCGCGCUCAUGACGCGCUCGCAUCUCAAGCGGCACAAGCGGGUCCACAGCGGGGAGAAACGACACGAGUGCACCGUCUGCGGGAAACGGUUCUCGGAGAGAUACAAUCUUGCGGCGCACAGCAAAUCCCACGAAGCUGGUGCAGCCCCGCCUCCUCAAGUCCGGAGACUAUUCCGCUGUUCCUUCUGUCCGGACCGCUUCGAGAGGAGGUAUAUGUUGGAGCGGCACACGUCCGUAGUUCACGGGAGAGCGUUAGAACGACCUCCUCCCACGCCGCGGAAUACUAUGAGCAAGCUGCUGAAGGCGCAGGCCGCUAGGAGACCUCAUCCUGGUGCGUAUUAUAUGUAUAUAUGUAUAUAUACCUCCCCCCACGCCGCGGAAUACUAUGAGCAAGCUACUGAAGGCGCAGGCCGCUAG